AAUAUUCAAGACUUCCAGCUGAAUCACUUUUUGUCAUGGCCACAUGGCGUUGGCUUGAAGACAUUAAUUUUGAACACAUAUUCUCAAUUCUCACGGCUCUGAGUGAUCUAUUUAUUAUGGCUCUUGCUGAUGAAGCUACUUUGUGCUUCUCAUGCCUUGAGUUUACCAAACAAAAAAAAGCCUUAGCAAGAUCCCUAUACAGUUCCAUCAAUAGAAUUUAUUCUAGAAUUUUCUUUGACAUUAUUCUAAGAGUUCUUCCAUCUUCUUCAACAUCCUCUUGUUUCACUAACGUUUGCGGCCCUCUCAACAUUCCUGGUUUUCCACAUCCAACUUUUGGGAGCAUCAAUGUGAUGCCUCAUAUCUCUGGGGAUGGAACCGAC